CUCCAGCGGUCGGUUCCCAACACGAGGCAACUUUAUUUCCGCCUGUCUGUCAGAGUGGCUGUCAAACACGGGCUAGGGGUUGUGCUCCUGCUGCUCCGUCAUUCAGGAAGUCUAGACCAACUGACAGCACUUCGAGAAGUCACAGCGAAAUCUCUAGAGUCGGACAAAAUAACCCUGAAGUGCGUACGGUUUUCACCAAGGACGAAUUUUACAAAAGGAGCAGUAUUCCACCAGUCAUGAGGGCAUCUGAAAAAAUGCAACACUGGAUUUAAACCGAGAAGAGAGAGGGAAGACAGGCUAGUCCUACAUACCCCUCAACACAUUUCUACAGAGAGCCCACAGCCAUCAUUGGAAUCGGUGAAAAGGAAAGCGCGCGUGUGUGAGUCUAGCUGGCCAAUGCCGGACCCGUCGUGGAUAUUUGGUGGUGGUAGUAGCAGAAGUAGCGUGUAUGUGAGUGCGGUCCCUGGCGCCUAGCCCAUGUCCAGCACAUAAUGCCGUCGUCCACACGGAAAGGAGUACCGAAGGACCCCGAGUUGGCUGACCUCUUCUUCAAAGAUGACCCAGAGGACGUUUUCUGUGACCUGCAUGAGAUCGGCCAUGGCAGCUUUGGGGCCGUCUACUUUGCUCGGAACUCCUACUCCAACGAGGUGGUGGCCAUCAAAAAGAUGUCCUAUAAUGGCAAGCAGACUACUGAAAAGUGGCAGGACAUCAUUAAGGAAGUCAAGUUUUUGGGACAGCUGCGACACCCAAACACAAUUGAGUACAAAGGCUGCUACUUGAAAGACAACACUGCCUGGCUGGUGAUGGAGUACUGUCUGGGCUCUGCAUCAGAUUUACUGGAGGUUCAUAAAAAACCACUCCAAGAAAUGGAAAUUGCUGCCAUUACCCAUGGUGCCUUGCUAGGACUGGCUUACCUACAUUCCCAUAAUAUGAUUCACAGAGAUGUGAAAGCUGGUAAUAUCCUGCUGACUGAGCUGGGUCAAGUCAAACUGGCUGACUUUGGCUCCGCCUCCAUUGCCUCACCUGCCAACUCCUUUGUGGGCACACCUUACUGGAUGGCCCCAGAAGUGAUCCUAGCCAUGGACGAGGGCCAGUAUGAAGGAAAAGUGGACAUCUGGUCACUGGGGAUCACUUGUAUUGAACUGGCGGAACGUAAACCACCCUUGUUCAACAUGAAUGCCAUGAGUGCCUUAUAUCACAUUGCCCAGAACGACUCUCCCACACUGCAGUCCAAUGAGUGGUCUGACCUCUUUCGCAGCUUUGUUGACUAUUGCCUGCUGAAAAUUCCUCAGGACAGACCCUCGUCGGGGGAGCUGCUACGACAUGAUUUUGUACGUCGGGAACGCUCACCACGCAUUCUCAUUGACCUCAUCCAGAGGACCAAGGAUGCAGUGCGUGAGCUCGACAAUCUGCAGUACCGCAAGAUGAAAAAGAUCCUAUACCAGGAGAAACACAACGGGCCCUUGGGAGAGAGCCAGGAGGAGGAGGAGGACAGCGAGGCAGCCAGCUGUAAGAUGAACAGCCUGGGCAGCAACCACUCUAUUCCCAGCACCUCGGUUAGCACGGGUAGCCAGAGCAGCAGCGUGAACAGCAUGCAGGAGGUGUUGGAUGACAGCUGCUCUGAUAUGACCAUGAUGCAUCCCCAAGACUACAGCAGCACCCUGGACUCUUCCCCACACACCAAGAAGGACCAUCAAUACAACUGGGACGACGGGAUCCACAGGGACCAUCGGCCAGAGCCGACGCCAGCUUCCUUUGAUAAGAGCAGCCAGGCUCAAAACUACAAAAACCAGGGCCGCUUUGCCACCAUUAAGUCUGCCUCACUGGUGACCAAACAGAUUCAUGAGCAUGAGCAGGAAAGUGAGCUGCGAGAACAGAUGUCCGGCUACAAGCGCAUGCGGCGGCAGCACCAGAAGCAGCUGAUCGCCCUGGAGAACAAGCUAAAGGCCGAGAUGGACGAGCAUCGGCUCAAGCUGCAGAAAGAGGUGGAGACGCAGGCCAACAACGCCUACAUUGAACUGGAGAAGCUGGCAAAACGGCAUGCUGUGCAUUCUGAGAAAGAGAUGAAGACGGCGCUAGCAGACGAGAAGAAGUUCCAGCAGCAGAUCGUGGCCCAGCAGAAGAAGGAGCUAACCACGUUUCUGGAUAAUCAGAAAAAGCAGUACAAACUCUGCAAGGAGAAGAUUAAGGAGGAGAUGAACGAGGACCACAGCACACCCAAGAAGGAGAAACAGGAGCGUCUGUCCAAGCACAAGGAGAACAUGCAACAUUCCCAGGCCGAGGAGGAGGCCCAUCUGCUGUCCCAGCAGAGGGUCUUUUACGACAGGAACUGCCGCGCCUUCAAGCGCAAAGUCAUGAUCAAGAGGCACGAUUUGGAGCAGGAACAGAUCAGAGAGGAGCUGAACAAGAAGAAGACCCAGAAAGAGAUGGAGCAUGCCAUGCUGAUCCGCCACGAUGAGUCCACGCAGGAACUGGAGCAGAGGCAGCUGAAGACCCUGCAGAAGCUGCGUAUGGACCUCAUCCGCCUGCAGCACCAGACGGAGCUGGAGAACCAGAUUGAGUACAACAACAGACGUGAGCGUGAACUUCAUCGCAAGCAUGUGUUGGAGCUCCGGCAGCAACCCAAGAAUCUCAAAGUUUUGGAGCUGCAGAUCAAGAAGCAGUUUCAGGACACAUGUAAGGUGCAGACCAAACAGUACAAAGCCCUACGCCACCACCAGAUGGAAGUUACGCCUAAGGCCGAGCACAAGACUGUGCUCAAGGCCCUGAAGGAUGAGCAGACACGCAAGCUGGCCAUUCUGGCUGAGCAGUAUGAGCAGAGCAUCAACGAAAUGAUGGCUUCACAGGCGCUGCGUCUGGAUGAGGCCCAGGAAGCGGAGUGCCGGGCCCUGAGGCAGCAGCUGCAGCAGGAGAUGGAGCUGCUCAAUGCCUACCAGAGCAAGAUCAAGAUGCAGACCGAGGCGCAGCAUGAGCGUGAGCAGCAGAAGCUGGAGCAGAAGGUGUCGCUGCGCCGAGCACACCUGGAACAAAAGAUUGAAGAGGAGCUGGUUUCCCUUCAGAAGGAGCGAACCGACCGCAUCAAACACCUGCUGGAACGCCAGGAGCGGGAGAUCGACACUUUUGACAUGGAAAGCAUGCGUCUGGGCUUCAACAACCUGGGCACCUUGGACUUUCCCAAGGACGACUACAGAUGAGGGGCCGUUGUUUCUGCCGCCGCCAUCUUCAUGUAGUCCCCCUGGGGCAACCGUCUGCCUCAGAACACCCCACCUCUCCUUUGACCUGACCUGACAGUGCAGGUGUUCACAGCUGCUGAUGCCCUUCCUCAAACACACUUUAAAAAAUGAAAAGAGAAAAAAAAGAAAGAAAGAAACUGCUUCGAGAUCAGCUCUGGUGUGUUCUCUGGGCCAGUCAGUCAGGGUCGAUGGCAGGUUUGAGUGUCCCCCCACCCUUCCCUGACAAACCAACCUAUACUCCCUCCCCCUCCUUGCCUCUGUGGUGUCACAAGAUGACAAAAAAAUAUGCUGGAUAACUUCCUGUGGUUGUCAUGUUUUUGUAAGAAUAACAUAGUCACAGUGUUUCUUGUUUCUUGUGCAAUGAUGACACUUUUGGUGUGACUAAAAGUGGAAAUUGAGAAAAAGGAGGGAGACAAAAUUGAAGGUCGUAGGAUGAGCAAAAAUCACUUCAAAACCAUGCUUUUUCAGAGGCGAUAAAUAUAUUUGUUACUUUGUUUUUUGGUCUCGAGCAGCGCAAAAAAAAAUCUCUCAAAGCGAAAAAUCAAACCGAUCCUUCCGCAGCUGUUCGUCUGGGCUGCUUCUUUGGUAUUUAUUCACGCAGACAUUUUUAGGACCAAUUUAAAUAAUUUGAUACUUUGACGAAAAACUCACAAUGUGCAUACAGGUACACUUAUAGUAUAUGUGAUUCCUUCAUGUGAUUACUGCAGGGUGGGUGAAUCAUGGUACUCAACAUGUGUAUUGUACUGAUUUCUCUGCACUGGCAGCCAAUGUGAAAUAUAAUACACGUGAGAUGUGAACUCCCAGCUAGCACAAAGGGCUUCAUGGGGAGGGCAGGGGGACUUGUACUUUGUGUAUAGAAGGAUUUAUGGAGAGCUUUUACUUAUUUUCGUAUUGUAUUUUAACUGUCACUUAAAUCAGAAAAAUAAUUUUUAAAAGCGCUUUUUCCCCCCCUCCCCCUCUCUUCAGAUAGUAUUCCAAAUCCAGGUAUCUAUCAAUGGAUUUUUCAGUUCAUUUUCCCCCCCACUUCUUGCUUUACACAACUCUAGAGCUGUGUAGUUUCUUAUAAACCAGACCAGUAUGAUGCUUUAUUAUUGCAUGCACUUUAAUUUUUUUUUCCAGGUUAAAAUAAAGGCAUGAAUCUGUCAGAGCUUUUAAUUAUAUUUGUAAAUAAAGUGCUCAUCACACAAA